CAUUUCCAUGGUUGGCUUUCGCGACAAAUACCAAUUAACAGGUACAUAGAACGGCAAGUGCAACUGCUCGUUGGUAAUUUGAUCUGAAGACAACAAACAGUUCCUAUGGCGGACUCAUCGGGGACGACGCUCAUGGAUCUAAUCACGGCGGACCCAACAACGGCGUCGUCCACGGCUUCAACUUCGUCUGCGGCUUCAUCUUCAGCGACAGCGGCUCCGGCAACUCACCCAACCGCGCUGGGCAAGCCGGCUGGGGAAAAGAAGUCCAAGAGAGCCACAUUUAUGCAGAUCCAGACCGACACGCUUACCGUUGCCAAAGCUGCUUUAGCCCCAGUUAGGACUAAUCUAAUGCCGCAAAAGCAGAAGAAAAAGCCAGUUUCAUAUUCCCAACUCGCCAGAAGUAUUCAUGAACUAGCUGCCACAUCUGAUCAAAAAAAUUCUCAGCGGCAGCUAGUGCGCCAUGUAUUUCCAAAACUUGCUGUGUAUAACUCUGUCGACCCGUCACUGGCACCUUCUCUUCUCAUGCUUAACCAGCAAUGUGAAGAAAGAAGUGUGCUGCGGUAUGUCUAUUACUAUCUGGCCAGAAUUUUGUCCGACACCGGUGCCCAAGGUGUGGGUACAGGGGGUGGGAUACCCACUCCAAACUGGGAUGCCUUGGCUGACAUUGAUGCUGUUGGAGGUGUUACUCGAGCUGAUGUUGUACCACGAAUAGUAGAACAGCUUACUGCAGAAGCCAAAAAUGCCGAUGUUGAAUUUCAUGCACGAAGAUUGCAAGCUUUGAAGGCUCUUACAUCUGCUCCUUCGAAUAAUUCUGAAAUUUUGUCCAGAUUGUAUGAAAUUGUGUUUGGCAUACUGGAGAAGGUGGGUGAUGCACCACAAAAGCGGAAAAAAGGCAUACUUGGUGCUAAAGGUGGUGAUAAAGAGGUAAAAUUGCUUUGCAACUAUCUUUUGGGCUUAACUUUGCUACUUGGUUGUGUUGCUUUGAGUAUCAAUUGACUUGGGAUGAAGUUAG